CUCUAAGGUAGUAGGGCAUUACAUGAAUCUUUCGCGAGGCUCAACGAACAAAUGGAGCUCCUCGGCCACCACCUUUGUUAAGCCUCUUUCAAUCUCUUGGAUGACAUGAAGACGUUCAGAAGGUGUAUAGGUUUUGGGAUUAUCAUCAGUGAAGGAGAAAACUUGUACCUAAGAUCAUUGAAAGAGCUUGUUGAGUUUGUUAGCGAGCGAGUUCCACCUGAAGGAAUUCUAGAAUUUGUGAAGCAUCGAUUUAAUGGAGGGAAUCAAUCUUUCUUUCUUUAUCAUCUCCAACCACCAACACCAUCUCUCCCGGUUGUCAUCUUGCACCACAACCAACCACAGAGGAAAAAGUUGCUCUAAAGGAAGAAAUGAAUAAGAAGGAGAGUAUAAAACUCAAGAUAAAAUGUGCUGAAACUCAUGAGGGCCAUUGCAAGCAGCUAGGUUCUUCAAGGCAGUGUUGAGUUCGGUCUGACACACAUGAUGCUACUGUGGAGGACAAGGAAGAGAUAAAAGCCUACAAAUUGCAUGAGUUGGGUCACAAAGAUAUUAUAAUUUUUAAAGUUGGAGAAACAAUAAAAAGUUGGCAAGCUCGAACUUGGAGCUAGUAUUCAGGUGUUGUUGAUAAUAGUGCUGGAAGCAUGGACCAAGUGAAUGAGGAUUCACCAUAUGGUAUGAACGUAGUUUCAAUUGAAGACAGACCAUCAAGUGGUGAUGAAGAUUCAGACUCUGUAGCUCCACCUGUGCCAUCGGUCUCUGCAUCUCGCAAUGAACACAGGUGGGGUGAUACCAACUCGUAUGCUGCGAAGAAGAAGCUUCAAUCUUGGUUUCAACACCCAAAUGGGAAAUGGGAGCUUGCGAAAAUAUUGUCAAUCUCAGGGACCAAAUCUAUCAUUGCAUUGCCUGAUGAGAAAGUUUUAAAGGUACAAACUGAAAGUUUGGUCCCAGCAAAUCCUGAUAUCCUUGAUGGUGUAGAUGAUCUCAUACAGCUAAGUUAUCUAAAUGAACCAUCAGUGUUGUACAAUCUCCAGUACAGAUACAAUCAAAAUAUGAUUUACACAAAAGCAGGACCAGUGUUGGUUGCUAUCAAUCCAUUUAAGAAAGUUCCUUUGUAUGGAAAUGAAUAUAUAGACGCAUAUAAGCGUAAAACAAAUGAAAACCCACAUGUGUAUGCCAUUACAGACACAACAAUCUGGGAAAUGAUAUGAGGUUCUUUACUCGUUCAAUAUUUAUAAGAUUAUUCUUUUCAGCACAUAAAUCCCACCUUGAGAAUUGUCAUUAGCUAUUAAAAGUUCUAAUGUGACUUACUUUUUUCCAAAUGAAGUAAAUCAGUCUAUCAUCAUAAGGUUAGUGAACAAUUCCCUUCCAUUCUAUUAUAAACUUAUAAUGUUGCAGUUUCCAGUUUGUUGAUUGUUUAUUUACAUAUUUUGAUUGUAAUUUUGUUGUCUUACAUGCUUUAUAUGUUUUACACAUCUAGUACAGAAUAUACUUAGGUCCUUUGAUAUUUAAGUGAGAGAUUUAUAAGAAUUAAUGGGUUCUGUCAUGCUUGAAUGAUUUGGAUUUUUCAAAACUUAAAAAAAAAUCAUUAUUACUUUUUGUAUAUAAGAAUAUGUUGCAAUCUUGGUAACUCUAUAUAAUGAGUUUAAAUAAUAAAUCUCAUCUUAUUGUUUUGGAUGACAUUAUUAUUUAUAUAAUUGUAUUCGAACACUAAGAGGUCAUAUCUGAUCUCUUCACUUUGUGUUUCUUUUUUUAAACAAAAUAAAGUUUAAAGAAUAGAUCGAGUGUGCCAAUUAUUUGCAACCAAAAGUAUGAAUAUGAGACUUAGCCACACUAAAUUGUAUUUUGUAUGGUCUUGAAACUUUCGAAGCAAUUGACCUUAAAGUGACAUUAGGCAACUAGUGAACUUAGAAGUUGUAUGGCGUAUUUGUCUACCUAGGGAAGAAAUCUUAAAUUAUUGAGAGAAAGAGUUGGUUUAAAA